GCCCUGUAUAGUAAGAAGCCACUGGUCCUGUCGUGCUUGUGCUGGUCCUGGGGUUGAGUGAUGGCCAACGUGUCCCCACAGCUUGUCUCAGACAGGUUCAGGAUGUGAUCUGAGACCGUGAGGUGUUGGAUAUGUGACAAUGAUGGAAAUGUCAGCAGGGCAAAGUUGCUAAAUAAACACCUGUUAGGACAACAUGGAGCUUCAGUCAGGCUGAAAAGGGGAACGCAUUCCUUCAGAGAUUGCUAAUGCUGUAAAUACUCGACAGCCUGCCGUAGAGAGAGUGAAGAAAAUCAAAGCAGUCACCAUGACGUCCUCAUCCCUGCGAAGACAGAUGAAAAACAUUGUAAACAAUUAUUCUGAAGCAGAGAUAAAAGUACGGGAGGCUACAUCAAAUGAUCCAUGGGGUCCCUCCAGCUCACUGAUGGCAGAAAUCUCUGACCUGACCUAUAAUGUGGUAGCUUUCUCAGAGAUUAUGAGCAUGAUCUGGAAGCGCCUCAAUGACCACGGCAAGAACUGGCGUCAUGUGUACAAGGCUUUGAUGUUGAUGGACUACCUGAUCAAGACAGGCUCUGAGCGGGUAGCACAACAGUGCAAGGAAAACAUCUUUGCCAUUCAGACGCUGAAGGACUUUCAGUAUAUUGAUCGAGAUGGAAGGGAUCAGGGUGUCAAUGUGAGGGAGAAAUCAAAACAGCUCAUCGCACUACUGAAGGAUGACGAGAGGCUUCGAGUCGAGCGCAGUCAUGCACUGAAGACAAAAGAACGGAUGUCAAGUGUGACGACAGGAGUAGGCAGCAAUAACCAGAUUAUGUUUGGCCGUGGGUCCAGCCACCCAAACCUCUCUACUAGCCAGUCAGAUGAGUGUAGCAAAGUGGGUGGAUCACCUGCUUCCUACCAUGGCUCUACUUCACCAAAGAUCUCCUCUGAGCUAGAGCAGACACGGCCUCAGACCAGCGGUGAAGAGGAGCUGCAGCUACAGUUAGCGUUAGCCAUGAGUCGGGAAGAGGCUGAACAGAUUUUCAAAUGUGCCACAACAGCUGGCAGCCAAUCAAGGAAUACAGUGACGACCUUGGCUGCACAGGACGAGCGGCGUCGCCGUGGAGGUGACCUCCGUCUACAGCUGGCGUUGGAAGAGAGCCGGCAGAAGCUGCAGAUGCCAGGCGGGGGCCCUCACAGAAACGAGACAGCUUUGCUUGAUCUGACAGACUCCACUCCAUCUCCCCUGGCACAGAAAUCUGAUCCCUGGGGAACGCCCUUUCCGUCAGCAUCCACUGCCAAACCUGACCCAUGGGCUGCUGUGUCUCGUCCAGUAUCUACUGACCCUUGGAAGCAAAUGGCAGGUUCCAGACUGGCUGCCACUGCCUCUGAUCCGUGGGGAACUUCUAGCCAUCCCCCUUCAGGAGACCAGCUGUCAAGAAGCACAGAUCCCUGGGGCUCGGUCGCACCAGCUUCUGACCGAGACCCCUGGGCACCAACCUCUCCCCCAGGGGCUUCCCCUUUCCACUCUCUCAGCACUGCAGAUGCAACUGCGACGGAUGAUUUCUCUGCAUUCAGCCAUCUCCGAGGGUCACCCAAGAAGGCAGAAGGACAGGCAACAUGUGCCAGAUUCGAGGCGCCAGGUGACAUCCCGACCACACUACCCACGUCCGGUGAUGCCGGCUACCCCGACUCCUUCGAUGUGUCCUGCAUGUCGAGCACCGUGACCUCCAAGCUACCCACCCCCAAGCACCAGCCGGUCAUGCAGAAGAACCCCGAAUCCUUCCUGGGCCCCAACGCCUCACUCGUAAACCUGGACACGCUCGUCACCCACACAACGCACCCCAAUGUGAACACCAACCCCUUCCUGAUGCAGGGUGUUCCCGCCGCAACAGCGAACCCAUUCCACAGUGCCGCCCCCGCUCAGGUGUCCGGCUCCAUGAUGGCCGUGACCCAGACCCCCUUUGGACCCGUGAACGUCAGCGGCGCCCCCUUCUCCUCGAUGCCUGGUGUUGGGGUUGCUCCCAUGGUAACCAUGCCUGUGAUGGGCAUGCCUCAGGGCGCCAGCGUGCAAGGGAUGGUGGGCUCGACCUACGUUACCAUGCCAACACCCCCUGCCCCUGGCCCCACUCCAAGCUCCACCAACCCGUUCCUGUUAUGAUGGUAGUUGGAGGGGUCUCUGUUUCAGCUCAUCUUAAGUAAUCUGUUUUAUAACUGGUUUUUCCUUCCUACCCAUGCCAACUCAAGUACAAAAAUAUACCAAGUUCUUCCUUUUGGAUGAUUGUGAAGGUGACACUAAGACAAACAGGAUCCUACUUGUGAUAAAUAACCCUUGUGUGCCCUGAACUGGAAAGCGACAUGCCUGGUUUAGCAGCACCAGAAGUAUUAGGAGCCUCUGUUUGUACAGUAGCCUAAAGAUGCCACUCACAGCUUUCCGUGAUCACCGGCUAAACCUAGAGCUCCACUAGUGGCCUCCGUUUGCAUCACGUUGAUGGGGUGUGGUUGGGGCCCCUCACUGACCAAUCUACCUAGCAGAUUACUGCCUGCUUGCUUGUGGGAAGAGAUGGAGGGUGGAUUUAGGUCAUUCUCAAGAGAUGGGGAGGAAAAAGAUUUAUGUUCGGCUCUGGUAACUGUUGGAUGGCUGGGGCACCCUUGCGACAUAGAGAUGGUGGGAUGCACUGUCGAGGAACCUGGUUCUUGUAGCCCCACUCUCUCAGCCACACCUGGGGAUAAUAACAUGCACUAUUGCCUGAUUCAAGAGAUCAUCCCCAGUCCUUCAGCACUUGUAUACAAUUCCCAAUCAGUUCUGCAGGACGCAGCCACUGGAUUGAAUGAGCACUCGAAGUGCAGCUGCCUCCUGUAGGAUUGUCGUUGAGUGGUGGAUGUCAUGUCUUCUGCAAGGGAAAGGGCUUGGCUUACUCCCACGACCAGCAUCCCUGUGAUUUCACCACCUCCUUUUGCACUGGUCACUCAGCCAGUGGUGCUGUCACUUUAUUACAGAUGUGGCCUGGUACAUUCACAGACCCUUGGAGCGCAGUGGGGAAGCUGGUUUGCUGGUGUGUGGUGAUCUGAAGCCACCUCUGUCCAUUAGUUCUUGCCAGGUGUUAACUUGUUAUUAAGCGUCCCAGCCUCGUAGCCUGUACCUUUAGCCAAUGCUUCUCAUUGGGGUUAUUUUUUUAAUUACCUUUUUAAAAAGAUGUUUACAUUUUGUUGCAGUCAUAUGUUUACUAAUCUGUGUUUUGUGUUGGCUCGAGUUUUGGGACCCAGGUCUGAGCGAUAAAACGUCUCUGAUGUGGUUCCCCUACCCUCUGGAUUCAUCAUCUCUUGACCUCGCGUGCUGGAAUGACUCAUUUUAUUAAACAAAAAAUAGCCAACGCUCACAGUCAGGACCACGAGCUUGGAGGAGGGAGCAAUUGUGGGACCGAAACUCAAGUGAAUCACAGAACGCAGUCUCAAAAGAAUCUUGGAAUAACACAUUGACCGCAGUCGGGAUGACACAGUCAGCCUAGCCAUAAUACAAGUCAAGUAAAUGAGGUGUUUAACAGCAAAGGGUGCUACAGCAAGUGAGGCAAGUGUCCCAUCUCUCACUGGCCUGAUAGGCUCUUGGGUACCAUCAGUAUAGGUGUGAUUUAUUCCCUGUACACUUUCAACAGUAGAUAUAAAUAUCAGCCCUUGUUUCUGUUAAAUGUGCCUGGAAGGAGAGAAAGUGUCUGCUGAUAGAUUUGUAAUGAAGAUAUUUUAGUUUGAAAUUUGCAGGAAACACUUGUCACUCUGGCUGAUGAAUCAGUGUUUCCUAACCAGCCCAGAGGGUUCUGCACCUUUCCUGCUGGUUUCUUGUAUUACUUGUCUCCCAGUCGAUCAUCAGUCAGACGUGUGCUUCUCUGGAAAUCUAGAGCCUUAGGAAUCGCUAAGAGCUAAGGUGAGAGAUGGUUAAGAUGGGUGGAACAGAUUUACUCCACUAUUUAGCAGAGAGAAAGUCUCUGACUAUAAUAUGGAUCCCUGCCUCUGCAGACCUCUCUACUGGUCACCACGAGCAGGGAAAAAUUCUCUGCUAAGCUUUUGAUUGAGAAACUGUCAAAGGUGCUAGUAAACUCUUGGAGUGAUUAAUCUUCUAUACUGAACAUAACUUUCAAAUUCGGUAACUCUCCCCAUACAACGUGUUUAAUUGGAAACUUGCUUAUUGAAGUAUCCAGGUCAAACAACGUCAUUAAGUUUUUGUUUUUGGUUUGAGUCUCAGUAAGUGAGAAUGGUUGGACUUUCAUCCGCUCACCCUUUCUCCUCUCUGGCCCACUCAGUCAACACCUUUUCCCAGAUGGAUGACAAACAUAUUUGGUGAGGUCUGGUGGAAGGUGGACUAUAUGGAAUACUUCGGAAGUUUACAAACACAGAUUACAGGACUACGACUGGGAGAACGCAAGAGCUUGGAUUUUUAAACCCUGUACUACUCUGUUACAUCAUUUGACUAUUGCUGGAGUGUCAAUAAUAAGAUUGUAAUGUUAUAUUUAAAUAUUUAUUAGUUGGAUGCUUUAGUGUAGGAUUGAUGAAAUACAAAUGACUAUAAUUUCAGUAUAGAGCAAGUGGAUGGAGCUUGCAUUUCAGAAAGUACUCGAGCACUGCCUCAGAGGACAAUGUCUUGUACAGUAUUACUGUAUGUAUACAGUAACCCUCUGCAGUAUUAAUGGUAGCUGUUUACAGCAAAGUUCAGCAGUACACUGCAGAAUCAAUGGUCUUUGAAUACACUAACCCUCCACAGUAUUAGUAGUCACUGCAUAUAAUAACCCACUGCAGUAUUAAUGCUUGCUAUGUGCACUAACUCACUGCAAUGUUAACGGGUUACUAAAUACAGUGACACCCUACAGUAUAAAUACAACAAUUCUGCAUUAUAUUGCCCUUUUAAAGUGAAAAAGAUACCUGAAUCACUCAAUUGGAGCAUUACCAAAAUAUUUUUAAGCCAAGCCAUUGAGAUUAGGGCAGGUGACCAAAACCGUGGUGGCAACUCCUACGUACUUCCCAUAGGAGUAAUCCCUUUAAACUAUAAUCCUGCAUAAUAUUAACCAUGUAAACAGAAUGCUGGGUGCCACCUUCUGAUAUAAACUAUGGACACUUGGUGUUGCAUACCACAGUGGUCAGUAUUCUGAGCCAUGUGACCUAGUUUUUCGUAGUUUUGUGCAGUGACUGUCAUUUCCCUGACCAAGGAAGCUUCAGUACCUCCCUGCAGGAAAGACUUAUCCUGACUAAAAGUGGACAAUAAUUAUAGCACAAAAUACUUUUAAGUGUAAAGAUAGAUAUUCUGCAGUUUUUUUUAGAAAUGUUUAUUAUUGAAGAUGUAUUCUUGUCUAUGCUGCCCUUCUUUACAAAUGCUUCUGUGACCAUGUUUACAGUUUACACUCUGCUGUGGUGGUAAUUUUGUUUCUGUCAUCUCUCCUAGUACUGCCCUGUUCUUUGGUCUGUGAUACAGUCUGCAGUUCACACCAGUUUGGAGAGUUUUUUUUGUUGAGGUUUUAAUAUUCUGUCCUCCUGUCCUCUCUCAAGACAAAUCAAGCUUCCAACUUUGUAAAAGGCAGUUUCAUAUCCAACACUUCAUCUAUGUUUUCUGAUCAUGAGAUUAGUGGAGCAUUCCCCUAUAAGUGCUUUGGGUUGGGACAGUAUUAUCUUUUGCCUCUGAUAUGACAUUAACACAUUCAGACAGAUAUGACAAGCUGGCAGGUACAGGAAAAAUAUCUUGCUGGUGAUUAGUUGUAGGGUCAAAAUUUGGUUGGUCUGGGGCAAUAAUCCCAGCAUGUUAUACUCCACGUCUAACUUGCGCUGCCCUGCCCUGGCACAGUGUAGGAGGAGCUUUACUCUGUAUCCAACCUAUCUUGUAGCCGCACCUGGCAAAGCGUGAUAGAACAGCAAGAAUUUUACUCUGUCCGGUCAAACUUCCCCCAGAGCAGGAGGGCAGCACAGUAUAAAAAGUUGUUAAAUCUAUGCUGUUUCUGCCUUGGGAGUAUUUGAUGGGAUAGUUUAGAGGGAACUGUAUGCUGUGUCUAAUCUGAGUACUAGCCAUGUUCUGACAAUAAAUGCUAACAUUUGUGUCUGAAAUUAUGGCUUCUCGCACAAGUGCAAAGUUCACUAAAAAUUAAAGUAUUGGCACAGUGGUUGCGGGUUAGGUGUCUGCAUAUGGUUUUAAGGGUCACAUUGAAAGAUGUGAAGUUGUAUUGAGCUGUUGGUAAUGUAGUUAGUGAAGGUGCAAUUUUGGAAGAUUCAAGAGUCAUGGAAAAGAUCAACGGUUGUGCUCUUAUUCAGAACUAGAAACCUCUGCAUGCUUAAGACUAAAAUUGUGUGUGUCACGUGUUUUUGUAAAAAGUCCUCUCAUCCCUUCAGGGUUUUCACUCAACUGCACAAACCUGGGCCAAAGCAUCUCUCUUUUGAAGCAUUGCUGUUUUUAUACCAUAAUAUUCAAUAGGACAAUUUUUCUGAUUUGUUAUUCCUUUGAAUCUGGAAAUAGCACAGCAGGAUCGAGAGGCGAGUGCAGAUGUGAGAAGCAGGUAUUUUGCAGAGUUGGAGAUGUUACUGUUUGAAAUGAGGGGAGGAGAUAACCGUAAUUGGACAGCAGGUACAACUGUAGAAGCUUCCCAAUAAAACUCCUUUCUGUGAGAGUUUCAGUUUUUGGGGUGAUUUUAAUGUUGAUGGGAGAUGGGAUAUGGAAGCAGCCACUGUAUCCAAUAUCACUUUAGUUGGUGUCCGAUCAAAGCUAUAAUUGUCUGCUUCCUCCAAGAAAAGAAAACAAAAGUCAACCAAACUGUCCACUGCAAUUCUGCCUGCUGAUACUAGCAUUUAGCCUUCAGGCUACAAUUUGGAGCUUUCAGUUCCUCAUUUGCCCUGAAAUAAUUAUUUUUAUAAAUGCACAACAAUCUCUUAAAAUGAAUAGUUUCUCACACCACUUCUGCAAGGAUGUCACCCGCAGUGUAUUUAAUUCCAUGCAUGACAGUGUCUGGUCAAUAAUACCAGAGUUUCUCAAUACAGCAAUAUUGAGAUACCCUGAAUCUCUGAAAAAAAAUUCUUCUCUACAUUUUCUUUUUAAAAAGACUGGACUGGUGUAGGAACUGUACUUAGUUUUUUUUUAUUUUUGUAAACAUUGCAGGAUUUAAAAAGGGACCUGGCCGCCUUUUGUCACAAGCUUUACUUUUUGAGAAUUGACAUUAAUUUGCUUUCUUUCUGAUUGCUUGCCUGUGUCAAUAGUAGCUGAUGGUCAAAACUGCUGCUAUAUGCUCUAAAGGGUUAGUGCAAACUGCAUGGGCCUAAGGAACCUCUGCACCUUUCCGCAUCGGCAAAACUCAGUCCAUGAUGCUUUCCCUGCCAUCUCCACUUCUUCAUCAAACAGUUUGCUAUCAUGAGUUAGCAGGUAAAUAUCAGCUAAUUAACUGGCAAAGUCCCCCCCCCCCCCCCCCCCCCCCCCCCCCCCCCCCCCCCAGGAGCUGCUCCCUACGAUGCUGAGAGGUGGGAAUCUCAAACUCUGAGGUGAACAGGUCCCUUUCAUUUUAGACAUUAAGGAAUUAGAUGUCCAAAGAAUUGAUUUGUAGUGUAUCUUAUACAUUAAUUUAUUUGAGUAUUUAAUGUACAAAUAUUUAUCUUUAUAAUAACUGGGGUGCAAGAAUACUAAUUAAAGGGUGCAGUUCAAUGUUUUCUAAGUGAGCUAGACCCACAUCCAUACACUAUGACUGGAAUGGUAAAAAUCUGCUUAUUCCUGGGCCCCACAUCAUUGUUUUGUUGGAUGAUACUGUCAGUAUUUUUGAAGGAUUGUUUGCACUCAUUGCUUGUGACACUAUACAGUGUAGUUAAUGUUUUAGUGCUCUUGCCUCAUUUGAUCUGAUAUCUUGGCACUGUAGCAAAUGCAUGACUGAUGCCCAGCAUUGGGCAGUCUUGCUGCUUAAGCCCAGUUAUCAUGUGGAUUAGACUUCAUUUGGUAGGCAAAGAGCAGUGGAUAUGGAGUCACUUCAUGGUUAGGUUGGGGGAAUUUUAUCCAUAUUGCCAUCUGCUGCUCUUCUAGCUGUAACAACAUUUAUUCAGUGAGUUUGACAAAAAUUGCUAGACUGUUCCAGUGACAUUGUCUGGCUUAAACUCUUUGGCUUCUGCCCAGCCCAUGAUGUUUCACUGGUUACUUGUGCAGGAAAUUCAAUCUAAGAGACUGACUUAGACGCCUGAAUUUUUGUUAGUCUUAAUCAAUCUUUUACUGUAGAUAUCCACUGGUUUGGUUAAAUAUUUAGUCAUAUUUGCCAGAUUAACUGUACUUGCAAAAUAAAUGUGUGAACCCAUGUUAA